CUCCCCUUCCCCACUACAACCGCGUCGCCUCGCUCGGUCUCUCUCCAAGAGCAAUGGCGAUGACGAUGGCUGACGACUACUACGCGGGGGAUCUGGACGACGUCGUGCACCGGCUGCUGCCGCGGGAAAUCUUGGCGGACGUGGGCAUCGUCGUGGCCGGCGGCCGCGCCCCGCGUUCGUGCGAGGUGAGGCACCGCAGCGACGACCACUCCGCUUUGGUGGAGGACCUCGCGGCGCACCUCGUAGGCAUCCUCGGCCUUGACGGCGCGAGAGAGCAGCGCGCCCAUGCCCAUCCUCCGCACGUGCGCCAUGAGCAGGGACCCCGUGUCCGUGAUGGGAUGGAGGCUCUCGUCGGCGGUGGCCAAGGUGGAGCUGGGCGUCACGCGCCGCCUCCCUGCUGGAAUAACGGUGCCGUGCCGCCGCGGCUUCCGAGGCUUGAGCCGGCCGCGCCAGUCCCCGCCUUCGCGAAUUGCCAUCCUCCGGCAAUGCGCCACGGCAGUGGCACCGGCACCGGCGUGUUCCUGCCGCGCCCGGAGGCAUACCUGCAAAACAGUGCAUCCUCCGCAUCCCCCAUCCCCAGGAACGGUGCGAAGCCGCCGCGGAUGCUGAGAAAGGAGGCUGUCAUUUUCGCGAUGCGGCAGCAGCAGCAGCUGAUGCACCUGCGGGCGAUGGCGGCGGAGAUGGAGCGGCAGAGGGAAGCGUUCGCCGCAGCGUUCCAAGGCUGCCCUGCGCUCGCGGCGCCACGGCAAUGGACGUACUGACUGAUACAGUAGAUUGUUGACAGUUGGUCGUAUGCACAGAAUAAAACUGGGUGGCUACGAUGAUAAAUUCGUUUCGCUUUGGGGUUAUUAUAGCAGUGCACAUCGGUUGGUCCUGCUUUUUUAAUCGAGUGGAGUUGUAUUGCUUUUAUGUUUUUUUUUGGAGCAAGUCAUGCAUGGUGUAAAAUUGAGGUCGCUAGAAUUGAAUUUAAGCUGUUUGUCAUACGUACUACGGAGAACUGUAUGAAAACAGACGAAAGCAUA